UGUAGUCGACCCGGCUAGUAGUCCUGUCACGCUACACACGUAACAGCAACAUGUAUACUCAAGGUUACAGCAUGCUGCUAGAGCAAGAAUGGGGACUUAUCUGACAAGUAUCUGUUGGUCGUGCACCGUCUGACAGGAUGCAUAUCAAGGAUUUUGUGUCUGGAUCCCUUGCAGGGGCAUGUGGAGUUGCAGUGGGCUACCCUCUGGACACUGUCAAGGUCCGAAUCCAAACCCAGAAACAGUUCACUGGGAUAUGGCAGUGUGCAGCGGAGACUUUUUCAAAAGAAGGGGUGCAUGGCUUCUUCAAAGGCCUGUCCUUACCCAUCACUACGAUCUCUAUGACCUCCUCAGUGGUGUUUGGCACAUACCGGAACUGCCUGCAAUGUCUAAGUCAGGCGCGAGGAGGUGGUCCAAACACCAAACCAGAGGUCUUCCUGUCAGGCAUGUUGGCAGGGAUAGCUCAGUCGUCCGUGAUGUCUCCAGGUGACAUAGUAAAAGUGCGUCUGCAGUGUCAGACGGAGUCCAAGCGAGGCGGUACCAACAUGCCCAAACCAAGGUACCGCGGCCCAGUCCACUGUCUGCUCAGCAUUAUUAAAGAGGAAGGGUUCAAGGGGCUCUACAAAGGAGCUCUACCACUCGUGCUAAGAGACGCACCAUCUUUCGCCACAUACUUUCUGACUUACACAACCAUCUGUGAAAAGCUGUCAGACGGCAGCAAGAAAAGACCAGCUUGGGGUGUUGUGAUGCUGGCCGGUGGAAUAUCAGGAAUGGUAGGUUGGACUUUAGGAACGCCCAUGGACGUGAUCAAAGCCCGGCUGCAGGUGGACGGGGCGCGGGAGACGAAGCACUACAGGGGCUUCUUCCACUGCAUCACUGAGACAGCCAGGGUGGAGGGGGCGGGGGUGUUCUUCAAGAGCUUAGGCAUCAACUGUCUGCGCGCUUUCCCCGUCAACAUGGUGGUGUUCGUCACAUACGAGGUUCUCAACGGUUUCCUCCAAACAGGACAUGACAGUGUUGAACAACCUCGGUUUGGGUUUGAAUAACCUGCCUGCUGGUUCUUCUUGGGUUUUUUAUGUUUUCAAUGUUUAAUUUGGAGGUUUUACAUACAUAACUGCAUAGACUUCUUUGUGAAGGAAAUGUAUUUUGCAGUGCAGUAUUCUAUUGGAACCACAAUCCGUCUGUUACAUUUAUGCUUAUAUGCUUAUGGGGUAAUUUAUCAGUACUACAAGUUGGACCACACACCUCUGACCACUAGAUGGCCUCCCUGUCUAACUUGUUUUAUCUGUAUGUUAAUGACAAGAGAACAGUUUGUAUAACAGCUUCAGUCUUUAACCAGAAAAGAAGCAUGAUGUAACCUCAAUCGUUUGUAGACUGCUAAUACAUAAACUAUAUUUAACUUUAGAAUAAUUAAUGAGCUGCAGCACGCACAAUUUAGAGUAUGAUACCCGUCCAGUUCCUUGCUGCCUGUACUCCGAGUAUUUCAUUGACCAGUGAAGUGGUAUUAGUAUUACAAUUUUUGGACUGUACUUGAGUAUUUCCAUUUCCUGCUACUUUCUACCUGUAGCAUAUAGAAUAAUACAUUUAAACGACAGCCUUUGAAGAAUUGUAUUUAUAAUACAAAUAUAAACACAUUUAUCAUGUAUUUUUGUAGUUUUGGAUAAGAUAUGUGAAAUUCACAAGCUAUCCAAAGUUACUUAAUGAACAUAUAGCAAUAAUUGUAAUUUAAAGUAUAACAUUUUAUUCUGAAAGUGGCUAGUUUCACUUUUUGUACAUGAUGUAUGCUUAGGUCAGUGGAAUUUUGUAUGCAAGACUGUUACUUUAGGGCAGUGUAGAUUAUUUCUACACUGUGAUAUUACUACCUUUACUUUACCAAAACAUUUGCGUCCAACACUGUUCAUGACUCAUUUCCAGCAAAAUCACAAAACUGGACAAUCUCAAUGCGACUAUAAUCUUGGAAUUUAAAACCUUGAUUAUCUGGAUUAAUGAGAGGAUUAAUUGAUAAUCACGUAAUGUUUAUUUAUCAUUGUUAUACACUACAACUGCUGAACUGCUGUUAAUGAAAAUAAAUGCUCAAAACAAGAUGUCUCUUAUUGAAAAUGGAGCAUACCUGUAAACAU